AUGACAGUCAUCACUUAUUCAAACGGCGUGGGUAGACUUCAGAACAAAAUUUUGGUUCUUGAACAUCCCUUGGCCUGCAAGAGUGUUCCAGAACCUCUGUCUGAGAUUCUAGAACCUGGAACCACGCUGGACUUCUUAAAGAUUCAAGCAUAUGGGGUCAAACACAUAAAGAGGACUGAAGAGAAGAAUGAUAUCAGAGGGCAAAGCAUUCAAAGAAAGUUCCAAACAAUGGCCAGAGGAAUCGACAGUGAUGGAAAAGAACAUAGAAAAGAUGGGCAUUUCCCACGAAUGGAGAAUAUUGCAGCUUUCAAGCCUGUGUCGACCUCGCCGCCUCGGUCCACCUGUGGCGUUCCGGAGCAGAGCAGCUACUGUCAGUCACCUUCCUCACGAGAUGAACUGCAUUUGUGUUUUCAAGCCAUGUGUGUCCAGGAGUGUCCCUAUAGAUCCUCCACGCCACCUUACGCCCCACUACUGUUAGCUGCACACAGGGGCACCUGUGUAACCGAAGACAUUGUUGACACUCGUCGUGGGACUCAGACAGAGGCUGGAAGCACAACAAGUUCGGAUGGACUUUCUGUUGGACCUGACGGUAUACUGUUUCAGCCCAGCGAAGAUGGAUGUCUGGUCACUCCUCCUUCACAGGCAAUAGGACCACGUGGUUCUCUCACCUUGGCAGUGUGGUUAAAACCAAGCUCCACUGGAGAAAUGAUGCUACUGGAGAAGAGCUCAGACAAUCGCUUGGUUUUUUCUUUGACCGUGUCAGAGCGGGCUGUAGCCCUCCGAUAUGGUCAGACCAACGGGCUAACCUCACAUACCAUAAGCUUCAGAACAGAUGGUCGGCUACAGCUGAACAGGUGGACACAUAUUACUUUGCAGAUCUAUGGCCAACGUGCAAGUCUUUUCUUGGAUGGGCUUGAGGAGGACGACACACCAUUUGACACAAAACAUCUGAUUAACACGCUCUCUGACAUCAGCGAGUAUGGUGCCAUGUGGGUGGGAGUUAGCUCCAAUGGGUCUAAUCAGUUCAUUGGGCAGAUGCAGGAUUUUAGAUUUUAUCCCGCUACGUUGACCAACAGGGAAAUAGUCCAGUUGUACUCUGGAGUCCUGCCGAAGCUCCAUGUCCAGUCUGAGUGUCGCUGCCCUCCCAGCCACCCCAGAGUUCACCCAUUAGUUGAGAGGUACUGUAUACCUAAUGCUGUUGAGGACACGACUAAUGACAGGGUUUUGAGACUGAACCUCAACGCUCAUCCACUUAGUUACGUUAAUGACCAGGACAUGGGCACCAUGUGGCUAUCUAAGGUCAUGAGUUUACAAGAACUAGAUGAAGGAGUCACUAUUACAGUGGAUUUGGCAAAUGGACAAUACCAGGUAUUUUAUGUUAUAGUUCAGUUUGGGGGACUUUUACCUGAGUCAGUUUUGAUCCAGAGAAGAAAGCUGGACUUGUUGCAACGUGAGCCUGAUAACAUGACAGAUCAAUCCUGGUUGGACUGGCAGCAUAUGGCCAGAAACUGCAACGUGUUUAAUAUGCAGAACAAUGGACCAUUACCCAGACCAGACUCAGUCAACUGUCUGCAGCUGCCCAGUGAUGUGCCACUCAUAGGAGGUAACAUCACCUUCAGUCUGCUGACCACACAGCCACAUGUGAGACCAGGAUAUAAUGACUUCUACAAAACUCCUGCCCUGCAAGAAAUGGUACAAGCUGCACAGGUCAGAAUACAUAUGAAAGGGCAAUACUACACCGCAGCAGUCGGGGUCAACCAACGACACAGACAGUUUGCCAUCAGUGAAAUCACAAUCAGUGGCAGAUGUGAAUGCCAUGGCCACGCAGACCAGUGUGACACCAGUGUGACCCCAUACCGCUGUCUGUGUCUACCUGAGAGCCACACAGUCGGAAGCAAUUGUGAACAUUGUGCACCACUCUACAAUGACAAACCCUUCAGGUCAGGUGACCAGCUCCAGCCUAUGAACUGCCGACUCUGUCAGUGUUAUGGCCACGCCGUCUCUUGUCAUUAUGACGCCCUAGCUGAUGAGCAUCCAGACGAGCACUAUCAAGGCGGAGGGGGAGUUUGUGACCACUGCAUGCACAACACCUCAGGAAAGAACUGUGAGCGCUGUGUAGGUGGAUUCUUCAGGCUGCAGGACUCUGAUCCAACCUCAGCUCAUGUGUGUCAGCCCUGUGACUGCAAUGCUGCUGGAACCGUCGAAGGUGACACUGAGUGUGCCCAGAUUGGAGGACAGUGUAACUGCAAGGCUGCAGUAACAGGCCGUCAGUGCGCUCACUGUUUGCCUGGUUGGUAUGGUCUCAAUGCCACAAAUCCAACCGGCUGCACAUCCUGCAACUGCAGUGACAAAGGCACCGUGAUCACCUCAACAGGAGCAGUUUCUAUCUGCAACCAGCACACAGGGCAGUGUCUGUGCAAACCUCAUGUCACAGGUCUGUCAUGUGAGAGCUGUGAGUUUGGAUACUGGAACCUUUCCCACCCAGAUGGCUGCAUCCCAUGUGACUGUGACCCCUUGGGUUCCCUCAGUUCAUUUUGUGAGCCCAGUGGGGGGCAGUGCGAGUGUAAGCCUGGGGUGGGAGGCCAACGAUGUGAUUCAUGCGGCAGAGGCCUGCAUGGCUUAAGACUGGAGGGAUCCUGUGCCCCCUGCAACUGCUCACGUGACGGGACGGUGCCUGGGAGGAACUGUGAUCCGUACACGGGCCAGUGUGUGUGUAAGGAACAUGUAGAGGGCCAUCAUUGUGAUUCAUGCCGUCAUGGUUACCACACCCUGGAGCAGCGCAACAGCCUGGGCUGCCUGCCGUGUGUGUGUGACAGUAGUGGAACUGUGCCAGAGGGUGUGUGUGAUAUGAGGACCGGACAAUGCCCCUGCAAGGAAGGAGUGGAGGGUGCCCACUGCACCAGCUGCGUUCAAAACUACUAUAACAGAAGUUUAGACCUUGAGAGUUUGUCUCAGGGCUGUGUGCCAUGUAUCUGUGACCCCAGGGGAACAGUGACAGGGUCAACCUGUGACAGCGCCACGGGGCAAUGUGUUUGUAUCCCAUCACGACAUGGAAAGAACUGCAGUAGCUGCCGACCUGGCUUCUACCUCACUCCAGAUUACAGUGUGUGUUUGGAGUGUGACUGCCAUCCUAUGGGAGCAAUGCAGCUCAGUUGUGAGAGCCAGAAUGGACAGUGUGUCUGUGCUCAUCGCUCAGUGGGAGGAAGACGCUGUGACCAAUGUCGUGAGAUGUUCUUUGGAUUUAACCCUGGUCUGGGAAGAUGCCAGCCUUGUGCAUGUGAUCCAGAGGGCAGUGUCAAUAGUUCAUGUGAUCCAGACACAGGAAUGUGUGUGUGUAAACUGCUGGUAACCGGAGACAAGUGUGAUUCUUGCCAGCCUGGAGCAAGUCAUUUUGAUCCUGAGAACCCUUUUGGAUGCAGCAAAUCUCCUUCACAGCAGCCUUCACCAAUUGGCUCAGUUCUUAGUUACUCAUCAAUCCGUCUUUCCUGGCAUCCACCUGAUUCCCCAAAUUCACAUAGGCUCAACUACACCCUCAUGAGGGAUGGACAGUCAGUUCAUAACAUCCAGAGACAUUUUCCUUUCAGCCUUGAAUCCUUUGUGGACGUUGGUUUGUUUCCCUUUACCAACUACUCCUAUUGGCUCAUCACAGCUAAUGUAGCUGGUGAGACAAUAAGUGCUUCAGCCUCGUACCAGACUUUAGGAGCUCCACCUUCUGGAGAGGAGCUUCAUUUAAACCUCCUUGGACGACCAGGCCCAACCAGUGCAAGCUUUAACUGGAGCAUACCAAGAAAUGAUACAGGCCCAGUCGAAAGGUUUGUGGUAUCAUCAGUGGAGUUAUCUGAUAAAGCAGAGCCGGUUAUUCACUACAUAGGUUUAUCUACAGAGGCCGUGGCAAGCGGUUUGAAGGCCUUCACACAGUACUCUGUAACACUGGAGGCCUGCUCUUCUGGGGGCUGCACCUCUAGCCCUCCACUGUAUUUUCUGACAGCUGCUGCACCACCACAAAACCAGUCUGCUCCCAACAUCACUGCUACAGGACCUCAUACACUGCAUGCUUCUUGGGAGCCUCCGAGUCAGCCCAAUGGUAUCAUCACCAAGUAUGAGCUCUUUCUCCGUGGACCACUGGAGUCAAAGAAUGUAUCAGCAUUUACCUCCGAGACAAGAGUUUUCUCCAGCUCUGGUUGGCUGGAUCCAAGCGUCCUCCCAGAACAAAAUUCAACCAAAAAGACUACAUUGUCCCCUCCUGAAAGUAGUACCAUUAUAGAGGAUAUGCAGGCAUUUUCAGCCUAUCAACUAAGAGUUGUAAGCGUCAACAGUGCUGGAAAUGUCACAUCAGAAUGGACCACAGCACACACCUUGGAGGGAGCCCCUGAGUUUGUUGCUCCUCCAGAUGUGUCUGCACUGUCAUCCUCCACCCUCAACGUAACGUGGAACACUACUGAGGGCUACGGCAUCAUUGCGAGGGGACAAGUCACAGAGUACAGAGUCAACUUAGUAACUGAGCAAACCACCAACCCCUAUGCUCCUCCAGUCAUAAGUCAGGUCUUGCGUAGGAUGGAAGCAUCAUCAUGGCCUGUUCACAUUGUAGAAGGACUGAAGCCAUACCACAUUUACAACUUCACGGUUGCACUGUGCACAAGAAUGGGUUGUGUUACGAGUCUGCCAAGCACGGGGCAGACCUUACCAGCAGUGCCUACAGGAUUGUCUUCACCUCGAUUACAUCCUGUAAAUGAAACGACCAUUCAGAUAGACUGGGAUCCUCCAGUUCAACUUAAUGGACCUAGCCCACUUUACCAGGUGGAGAGAACAGACGUAUCACUCUCUGACCCACAAGAACCAGUUAUCAGAGGAACUAGAUUCCCAGGGAAUGGUUAUUACCAGUUUCCCAGUAAUACUCUUCCCAAUAACGCUGACUUUACAGGUGUUAAGUUGAGUUUCAAGACUUGGUCCCCAGAUGGCCUCCUGCUGUCUGCCUUCUCUCCAGGACAUCAGGAGGAGUUUUUGGCCAUCCAGAUCAAAAACGGACGCCCAUACUUUUUGUUUGAUCCUCAGGGUUCAGCAGUGGCUGUAGGUGUACAUGGUGACUGGAAUCGCCGCUACAAUGAUGGCCAGUGGCACAAUAUAGUAGCAACUAGGCAAAGGGCUGUGGGAACAAUCACUGUAAACCUCCAAUAUAGCGGAAGUGCAUCAGCUUCCAGUGGAAACAGCAUCAUUGGGGAAAACAUGGGACUGUUCAUUGGAGGCCUCCCUGAAGAUUUUGCUAUUCUAAGAAAUGAUUCAGGGGAUACCCGACUGGUUCGGAGGGGCUUCUCUGGCUGCCUCAGAGACAUAAGUUUAAAGAUGAGUGACAGUCCUGCAGAGGAAUGGGAAAUACUGGAUUGGAAAAAAGCCACCAAGAAGGUGGGAGUGUAUGAAAGCUGGGAAGGAUGUCCUCUACAAACUGUAAAAGGAGUCCAUUUUCUGGGUGAUGGUUACUUGGAGUUGGACACAGGUGUUUUCAGUGGAGGACAUAACUUUGACAUGUUAAUGGAUUUCAGAACUGACCAGCUCAGUGCACUUUUGCUGUUUGCAUACAGCACACAAACCGAAGAUUACAUGCUUGUAGAACUGGAAGCCGGUCUCUUGUCCUUCAUUCUUGCGUCUGGUGGCCGUGCAACUGAACUCCGCAUGUGGGUUGGUCUUAGCUACUGUGAUGGAGACUGGAAAAAGUUGUCACUCGCAAAACAGGGCUCUCUCAUCUCUGCUGCGGUGGGUGAUUGGGCCGAGGAAAUGUGGGAAGUGGGAGAGCCGGCAAGAUUGAGAGUCAAUUCUCCACUGUAUUUGGGUGGCGUGCCCAUUGAACUCUCACAUCCUGGUCUUAAUGGUCAAAGUCACAAACAUGGGCUUGGAGGUUGCAUUCGAGGUCUAACUGUUCGCAGUGAUGAAAGAACCCCUCCUGUCAGCCGAAGUAUUAAUCUCUCGGUUGCUUACCGCCGAUCUGUUAGAGUCAACUUAGACGGCUGUCCUACCACUGAAAGCCGGUUUAACUGCAGAGGAAAUGAUUCUGUGCUUGUAUACACUGGGAGACAGACACAAGCCACAGAUUAUAGUUUGUUGCCUUUCACAGAGUACCUGUACAGGUUUGUUGCCGUGGCUCCAGGAGGUUUGGCAGCAUCACCAUGGCAAAGAGGACGGAGUCAUGGCAAAGUUCCUACAUCUGUGCCACCUCCAGCCACAGUGGAGAGUAUCAGCGGGUUCAGUGCCAAGGUGAGGUGGUUACCGCCCACAGGUGACGUCCUAGGACUUAUUGACAGAUAUGAGCUGAAAGCGUAUAAUAAGGACCAUCCAGAAGUGCCACCUAUCACAACCACGUACCUGGCUAACGGAAAUUUCACAGGUGUGAUAACUGGUCUCACUCCAUCAACCCAGUACAUUGUCACUGUAAGUGCGUGCAGUCCUGCUGGAUGCACUGAGAGUCCUGUUGGUAAUGUUGGUGAUGUAAGAUCAAGCUUCAAAACCCCAGAAGAAGUUCCAGAUGUGGUCUCACCUCCAUUUGUGGUUGCAUCUCCUUCCGCUUUGUAUUUAACCUGGGAACCUCCAGCAAGGCCAAAUGGAGACAUUACAGAAUACCUCCUCUAUCACAACAGUGAAAUGGUCUACAGAGGGAAAAACAGUCAGUACAACAUCACUGGUCUUGGUGUGUACUCAACUAACUUCUUGAUACUGAGUGCUUGCACUAAAGUGGGCUGUACCAACAGUUCACAAGUUACAGCGCUGACCUCUGAGCUUCCUCCUGGUCCCCUGCAUGCUCCAAGCCUUACGCUGCUGGACUCCCGGAGUAUAUUGGUGGAGUGGUCACGUCCCUCGCAAAUAAAUGGUAUUUUGAAGUUUUACUCAGUCUUAUUGUCAUCUGACGGGUCAGAGCCCAUUCUGGCCUACAACAGCUCAGAACCUGCUGAAGAACACACACUUCGCAGCCUAACUCCAGGAACAUUUUAUUCCGUUAUGGUGGCUGCCUGCACAGGUGGUGGGUGCACCAGAAGCCCCCUGAGCCACAUUCAGACAGAGGAGAGUACCCCAGAGAAUGUCCCUGCUCCGCUCGUCAUCCCUCUGUCCCCACAUUCACUCAACAUCAGCUGGACUCCUCCUGAGACUCCAAAUGGUGUUAUAACAAGCUAUGGUCUUUGGAUGGAUGGAGUCCUUGUUUUCAACUCCAGUUCCUCUCAGAGGUUCUUCAUAGUGGAAGGACUUUCUCCAUGGAGCCGACAUGUAGUCAGACUGCAGGCUUGCACAGCACAGGGCUGUGGCAAAGGACCACUGGUGGAGUCACAUACAUUAGAGAUGGCUCCAGAAGGCCCUAUGCUGCUGGAGUUGACCAAUCAAAGCUCCAGAUCUCUCAGAGCCCGCUGGACUGCUCCUCCUCGAGCAAAUGGAAACCUCCGCUACACACUUUACUACAAAAGCAAAGAUGGUCAUGGUGUGUUAGAUGGAGGAUCAGCAGCAGGCAUUUGGUUGUCUGUGUCUGACCUACAGCCUUACACAAACUACAGUUUCUGGAUCAGAGGAUGUAACACACAGGGGUGUGUUGAAAGCCUGCCACUCAUUGUCACGACACCCCCAGCAGCCCCAGAUGGAUUGUCACCUCUGACUUUAGUCAGUGCAACCAACACCAGUCUAAACGUGUCAUGGUCUGCACCUGUCAACUCCAACGCGCCUGGCCCACUCCUGUACAGCUUGCACAUGAGAACGUCUCCACAGAGCUCAAUCAUAAGGCUUUUGGAAAAUGCAACAGACACCCACUCCUAUUAUGUAGAGGGUUUGUCACCUUUCACAAACUACCUGGUCAGAGUGGUGGUUUCACAUAUUCAUGGGCAGACAGUGGGGCCUUGGGCAACGCUACGCACAGCAGAAGACCGUCCAAGCCCUGUAGCCUCACCGGCCAUUAUGGGACUUCAGUCGCGGAGUGCAUUAAUUACCUGGGAUCCUCCUGCACAAACAAAUGGCAUCAUUACAAAUUAUACACUAUAUCUUUACUCAGGUUCCAUCACUUCUUCAGAUCAUGACCCUGAUGCAGUCCCCAGCACCAGAUCGACCUACACCUCAAAUUUGUCUUCUAAGCCAAGUGUCUUGCCCAACUUUGAUGGAAUACGUCAACAUUCAAAUUUCAACUUCCUGACAUUGUCAGAUCCUAGCAGACCAAAAGGCUCAAGCCUCAACUCUACAUCUUCUGCAGAUUAUAACAAGUUGAGCACAACUAAAAAAUAUAUACACAGUGUCAUUUUCUCCACCUCAAGGCCUGGUACUGUUGAAAAUAAUCAAAUGAACUCAUCUAGUGAGAGCACUGAAAGUCGUGGCCACAAUAUUGUCUUAUUCAAACCGACUGAGCCCAAAACCAGCAGUGUAGAAACAAACCUCUCACUUUCAGCCCCAAAUUCUACUUUGAGCAUCUUCAAUCCUGAUCAUUUCAUCACUCAAGACCCAUUCACCUUCUCCAGUUUUUUAGCUGACACAUCAAGACCUACUCCUCUGUUUGUCACUGUUCCUGGAAAUACCACCAGUUACACAUUCCUCAAUCUGCAUCCCUACCAAAGGUUCAGCCUCCAGGUGAAAGCAUGCACCAUCGUUGGUUGCUCAGUGUCUGGGGGGUCUCAGUACUUCCAGACCCUCCCAGCUCCAUCUGAAGGAGUUCCUGCACCUCACCUUUACUCUGACACACCAACAUCUGUUCUCUUGUCCUGGGGUGCCCCAGAAAGAAGCAAUGGACCACUAGAACGCUGGGAGAUUGAACGCAGAGUUGCCGGAACAAAGCAAGCCUCCACAGUAGGCCACCUUCUGCCAGUUCCUCCCCCUCUUUCGUUCCUCGACUCCUCAUCUGCUCUUAGUCCUUGGACGGCCUACCAGUAUCGACUUGUGCUCCACAAUCAGGCUGGAAAGGCUACAGGGCCUUGGGUCAGUGUCAAAACCAGACCUUCUCGUCCAGCUGGACUGAGUCCCCCAGGAGUAAAAGUUCUUGGAUCAGAGUCGCUUCAAGUCACAUGGUCGCCUCCUUUGAUUCCUAAUGGAGAGAUUCAUGGAUAUGAAAUCCGUCUCCCGGAACCCCGAAUCUUUCAUAACACCAGCAAUUCUUUGGAGUUCAGUGUCACCAUAACAGACCUUGUGCCGUACACAAAUUACAGCAUCACUGUGCUGACAUGUUCAAAUGGUGGAGGGCAUGUUGGUGGAUGCACAGAAAGUCUUCCAACUCCUGCCUCCACAUUACCUACGACACCUGAAGACCUGGCACCUCUUUCAGUCGUGCCAGUCAGUGAAUCUUUUCUGGCAAUUUCCUGGCAACCACCAAGUCGGCCCAAUGGACCAAAUAUCAGAUACAAGUUGCUCAGACGUAAAACCCACCAGCCCCUGGCCGUCGCCAUGGUCCCCACAUUAGCAGCCACUUCCCCACCCCCCUCCGAAGAUCUCCAUCGCUGGUUCCGUGUUUACUCCGGCACCAAAUUGUUCUAUGAAGAUAAAGGCCUAAGCAGAUUCACCCGUUACCAGUACCAGCUUGUGGUUUAUAAUGACGUGGGCUACUCUUCAGGAAAUAUUGUUACUGCAGUGACCAUGGCAGGGGUUCCCCUCAAGCCUCCUACUUUGUCUGCUCAUGCUAUCAAUCACACAGCUGUACAAGUCGACUGGAAUAAACCUUCUCUGCAAGACCUGCAGGGAGAGGUGGAAUCAUUUUUUCUCACAGUAACAUCUUCCGAGACUGGUCCAGUGAUGGCUUAUGGUCCUGAUGUCACGUCGACUGUAAUAGGAGACCUUUGGCCCAGCACCACAUACCUGAUAUCACUACAGGUGUUCAAUGGUGCACACAAUACAACUAAAUCAGUGGUUUAUGUCACCACUGCUGAUGGAGAGCCAGAAGGGAUGUCUGCCCCUGAAGUGGUUCCAGUAAACAGCAGCACUGCACGUGUCCUCUGGUUCCCUCCUCAUCGACCCAACGGAGCAGUUACUGGUUACGGCAUCUACGUUGAUGAUCGUCUUCAUGGCAGUGUAGACAACAGCUCCGGUUCAUACCUUCUGGGGGACCUGCUGCCUUUUACAGUCUACAAUAUACAAGUGGAGGUGUGCACAGUGUAUGCAUGUACUCUGAGUAAUAUUACCAGAACAACCACAGUAGAAGACCUGCCAGCUGAUCUGCCCAGCCCGAACGCACAAGUGAUCAGUCCCAGAGUGGUGAGAUUAGAUUGGGCCCAUCCGGGCAGACCCAGUGGGAUCAUGCUGGGCUACGAGGUUUUAAGACGGACCCUUAGAUCAUGCACCGAUAGGUCAACAGGGGUAACACCGUCCUCUGACAGUGCCGGUGGUUUAAGGUUUAAAUGUUCAUAUCUGCAGUGUCCUGUGGGUCACAGCGUGUGUGGGACUUCUUGCUUUCAUCCUGAAACACAGAUAUGCUGCAAUGGAUUACUACACACAAGAAAGUCACAUCAUCAUUGCUGUGAUGAGCUUUAUUUUGGUUGGGAUAAUUCCUCCCACCCUGUUUGCUGCAAUGGCAAACUUGUCCCAUCUCAGCCUAAUCAUCAGUGCUGUGGAAGAUACUAUGUUCCUGUAAAAAACAAUGAAUACUGCUGUCCUGACCACUUGCAGGGCCGGGUCUCUGUGGGGCCCGGUGACAGCUGCUGUGGGGGGGUUCCUUACUCCAUGACAGGCGGCCAGCUUUGCUGCAGUGGGAGACUGCAUGAUGGCUAUGGGGUCCAAUGCUGUGGAGGCAAAAUCAUAGAUGAUGUCUUGGUUUGCUGUGAUGAUGCUGUACAUACAUAUAAACCAGGUUUUAUCUGCUGUGGAAAAGAGUAUAUAAACUCUUCAACCUCACUUUGCUGUAUGGACAACAACGGAUAUCCCACAAUUCACCCUUCUGGAAAUGCCACAGUGAAGCUGCAGUGUUGUGGGUCAAAGGUCAUACAUCUGGACGAAAAAUGCUGCAAUGGGAUUGGUUUUGACCCCCAACGGCACGUUUGUGCUGAUCAAGCCACAGCCGGGCUGCUGAUACCGGCCCAGUGUUUGCAGGGAGUUGUGUGUCCCGUGGCUGCUGCUGCUACAUCUUACUGUGGCUCCUGUGACCUUGAUCCAUCUCUGACUGCCUGCACUUGGGUCCUGACUGCACACCCACACCCCGACACACAAUCCGUGGCACAAACGUCAUUCAUCAGCACCAGCCUGGAAACCCUCUCUACUGUCCUGCCAGCUCAUACAAGCAUAAGUGGAAAUCCUAACAAAAUAGCUGACAGAAACAGUCACACAAAUACCAAGAACUCAGAGUCAGGAGGAACUCUGUGCUCAUCACAUGAGGAGGUGGUGUACAGCGGCGAGGCCAGUGUUCACACAUAUACAGACACUGAUCUGGAGCCCUUUACAACCUAUGAGUAUCGAGUGAGGGGCUGGAACAGCUUCGGCCCCGGCUCCACUGACGUUACGACAGUGACAACAAGUGAAGACAAACCAUGGGGAUUGGCCCCACCCCAAUCAUUUCGUCGGCGGGGCGAACGAAAUGACAUCGUCCAGCUGCAAUGGCAAGCUCCGGCCAGACCUAACGGUAUUAUAACCCAUUAUGUUGUGCUGCGAGAUGGACAAGAGCGUUACCGUGGAGAUGAAAAUACUUUUACUGAUGUGGGAGGGAUCGGGCCCUUUCAGGAGUUUGUCUACCAGCUGAGGGCCUGUAACCAGGCUGGUUGUACUGACAGCACAAAGGUGGUGGCGGUGACGGCUCAGGGGGUUCCAGAGGAUGUGAAGCCUCCAGUGGUAAAAGCGAUUAGCUCCUCCUCUCUCCAUGUGAGCUGGUCUGCUCCUUCCCGUCCAAAGGGAGUCAUCCAGAGGUACCACCUGAAUCAGACUGGUGUCGGAACCGUAUUCACACACACUGGUGGACUUAGAAAUUAUACUGUAAUAGGUUUGCAGCCGUACACGGACUACAGCUUUGUGCUGGUGGCCUGUACGACUGUGGGAUGUGCAGCCAGCGAACCGUCCACAGGACGCACCCUGCAAGCCUCACCCAGUGGUGUGUGGUCAAGCCCAAGACACCUGAUAAUAAACACAUCUGCGGUGGAGCUGUACUGGGAUCCGCCGUCUCAGCCUAAUGGACACGUCUUCCGGUACAGGCUCAUAAGAGACGGUCGCACUGUUUUCACCGGAGACCACCAGGACCAGAAAUAUAUCGACACUGGACUCCUGCCAAAACACAGGUACUUGUAUGAGCUGGAGGCCAGCACAGCAGGUGGCACAGGUUUGAGUGACAAAUAUGCUACACAAACUCCAGCGUCCUGCCCCACUGGGAUCCCUCCGCCCUACAACAUGACGGUUUCAGGCCCUCACUCCAUAUCACUUACCUGGUCCCCUCCUGCUCAGCUAAACAGCAGCCAGCCCGUCUUCUACAAUGUCCUGUUAAAUCCAGGAAGUCACGGUGCCAUAAGUCGUCAUGCAGGCCAAAACCUGCACCUCACUGUGACAGAUCUGGAGCCUUUCACCACAUAUUACAUAAGAGUGCAGGCCUGCCAAAAUGAGGGGUGUGGAGUCGGCGAUGGUGUUUACAUUCAUACUUUAGAGGAAAUCCCAGAAGGUCUGCAGCCGCCCACAGUAAAAGCACUUGGACCAAGUAUUUUGGAGAUCCACUGGACGCCUCCAGAAAAACCCAACGGACUCAUCACCUCCUACCAUAUAUACAGGCGACCAUUAGGAACAGAAGAGGAGCUGCUGGUUUUCAUUUGGUCCAGUGGGCCGCUUGAAUUUGUUGACGCGAGUCCCGCCCUGCAACCUUUCAGCUUCUUCCAGUACAAAGUUCGCGCCCACAACUCCAAAGGCUCAGUUGUGAGUCAGUGGGCUCGAGCCCAAACAUUACAGGCAAAACCAGGAGAACUGGCGCCCCCUGUUGUCAGACCAACUGGCGCAUAUUCAGUCUACUUGAAAUGGAGGGAGCCAGACCAGCCCAAUGGUCUUAUUUCCCAUUACAGACUGGUUUACAUGAAGCACCAGCAGGAUCCAACUCUCAACUCAACUACUGUUACGGCUCUCACUGUAAAGAACAGAUUUCUAGAAUGUACAAUCUUUGGUCUUGACCCAUUCAGUCCAUACCGUCUUCGUGUGGAAGCUGUGAAUGGGGCAGGCAGCGUUUCCAGUCUGUGGGUGGAGGUCAAGACCCUGGAGGCUUCUCCGACUGGCCUGGGGAACUUCACAGUGGAGCAGAGAGAGGAGGGCAGAGCAUUGCUGCUCAGCUGGGAUGAGCCACAGGCUCCAAACGGAGUCAUCACGAUGUAUAAUCUGUACAAUGAGGAGAACCUGGAGUUCAGCGGGCUUUCAAGGAGUUUCCUGUUUCGUCGUUUGGAGCCGUGGACUGUUUACUCUCUGACUCUUGAAGCCUGUACUGCAGCAGGCUGCACGCUCAGCCCUCCUCAGCACAUCACCACUGCAGCUGCCCCACCGGCUUCCCAGCUGCCCCCUAGGCCUCUUUCUGUCGGGGCUGAUCGGGUGUCGCUCACCUGGGAUCCUCCAUCACAACCCAAUGGACCAAUUGGAGAAUAUUCUCUGCUUGGAAGGAGUUUGGAGGAGAGGGGAAAGCUACGAAAUAAUGAAGAGGAUACUGAUGGAGGAAAGGUAGAAGAAAUAUUGGUUGUAGAUUAUCUCCCACAGGAAGCUGAAGGUCUCUCCUACACAGUAACUGGUUUACGUCCCUGGACCCAGUACGAGUUCAGUGUCUGUACUCACAACCCGGCGGGACACACCUGCAGCCCCUGGGUCACUGUAACAACCAGACAAGCCCCUCCUCGUGGUCUAGCCUCUCCGACAGUGAGACACGUCCAUGGUCGGCCCAGUGAGGUGGUGGUGUCCUGGACUCCUCCAUUGGAGCCAAAUGGGGUUCUGCAAUCCUACAGGAUACAGAGAAAUAAUGUCAACUUCAAGUUCAGUUUUGAUCCAACUAUCUUGACCUACACAGACGAAGACCUGCACCCAUUUUCAACAUAUAGCUAUUCAGUGACAGCCUGCACCUCGGAGGGAUGUACAACCAGCCCCCAGACCAAAAUCACAACGCUAGAGGCCCCACCCGAGAUGGUGGAACCCCCCACCGUGAAUGCCAUAACUUCUCAUCAUAUAAACGUUUCAUGGAGUAAACCUCUGAUGCAGAACGGACAGGUGACAGAAUAUGUGCUGAAACUGAACAACAAAGAAGCGUAUCGUGGAAGAGACCUCAAUGCAGCACUGUCAUAUCUGCAGCCACAUACAUCCUAUCAACUGGUUCUCUUGGCAUGUACCAGAGGCGGCUGCACUGCAAGCAGCACAAAAACCGUAGUUACUGAGGAAGCUCCCCCGACUCACCUGGCUGCCCCAACAAUUAAGGUUACUGGCCCAGAGUCAAUUGAGAUUACGUGGAGACCCCCCGAUCGUCCUAAUGGGAUCAUCACCGGUUACGAGCUGCGCAGAGAUGGUGAAGUUAUCUACAUCGGCAGAGACAUGCAUUAUCAUGACUUCACUCUCAUACCAAGUAUGGAGUACAGCUAUGUUGUCAGAGCCAACAAUAGCAAAGGAGCUGUCAGCAGCGAAGUAGCCACAGCAAAGACUCAUCAAUCAGCCCCGUCUGGUGUAGGUUUCCCAACACUGACAUCACUGGAGGCAACCCAGGUUGGAGUAGAGUGGCAGACGCCAGCUCGUCCUAAUGGAGACAUUGUGAGCUACUCCGUGUAUCUGAGAGAUCCAGUCCAUCUUAACAUCACCAGUUCUGUCUUCACUCCAGAGGACAGCGCCUUUUUUGACAAACGAAUCAUUCUGCAUGGGUUGGGUCCCUACCGUAGGUAUGAAGUGAGGGUAGAGGCUUGCACAGAACUGGGCUGUUCCUCCAGUGACUGGUCCUCCAUACUCACACUGGAGGCUCCCCCUGCUGGUCAGCCGGCACCACUCUUAGAUCUCACCUCUGACCCCCAUACUGGCCUGCAGACGAGCUUUCUUCUCACCUGGUCUCCCCCGGGUCAGUCGAAUGGUAGGAUCCUACAUUACGAGGUGCACCGCAGGCAGAAUUUCUCGGAAACAGACAAGACGAGUUCAGCAACAGUUGUUUACAGGAAUGUCUCUGCAUCAUUCAAAGAUGGCGGACUCCAGCCUUACACAGCAUACCAGUACCAGGUGUGGGCUGUAAAUUCAGCUGGUUAUGCUUCCAGUCCAUGGGUCAGUGGGAGAACUGGACCUGCCCCGCCUCAGGGCAUCGGGCUUCCCAUUUUCCUAGAUGUUUCAGCAACCUCAGCAGCCGUGAACAUCCACCCUCCUGCUCAACCCAAUGGGAUCGUGAGCCUCUUCAGAGUGUUCUCAUUGGACCGCAACAACAUCACUACUCUGCUCUCAGAAGGCACGUCCCAUCAACAGACACUCCAUGGUUUACAUCCUUACACUCGGUACUUGGUGGGAAUUGAGGCUUGCACUUGUUAUCAGUGUUGUAGCCGGGGUCCAGUGAGGGAGCUCCACACCCUCGCUGCCCCCCCAGAUGACCAGCAUCCCCCUCGUCUCCUCACCCUGACGUCCCGCUCAGUCCAGAUGGAAUGGGACGAACCGACGGCGCCAAAUGGAGUCAUUGACAGCUGUGAGCUUCAUAUCAGGACAUCCUGCCCUCAGCCCCCCCAGCCUGUACCGUUAGCCUGCACAGAGGGGCCAACAGAAAUCUGUUUCUUUGGCAAACAGCGGAGCUAUAAUGUUACAGGGCUCCAACCAUACUCUGCCUAUGAGCUGAGGGCUGCCUGCUUCAAUAAGAUGGGCAGCACUGCCUCCAACUGGACGGCCGUCAGCACACUCAGCGAACCCCCCCAAUAUGUGUCUCCCUUCUCCGUGGACAGCAACCUGACCGUGAUCUGGCUGGACUGGACGGACACCUUUUCCCUCAACGGGUUCCUGAAGGAGUUCACCGUGACCGAGAGCCAGCUCAGGGUUUACAGCGGCUUCUACAGCCACCUUCAUAUUCCACGCACCUCCCGGAAAACUCUUUCCUUUCAGGUGACGUGUAUCACAGACAGCGGCAGCGCCAGCACGCCCACCAUCAGAUACAACCCAACCACAGGCCUUGGUCCUCUUGAACCCGUUGAUGGUGAUAAACAGGGCAUCAGCAUUUCAGCCACUCCCGUUUACUCUGAAUUGUGGUUCAUUCUGCUGUUUGUGCUGCUCGGUCUGUUCCUCCUUGCAAUACUGAUUGGUUUACUCCUAAAAAGAACUUUGAGGAAGAAUCCAUCAGCCCGAGAGCGCCCUCCACUGGUCAUGCUUCAGAAGACCAGAAAGGCUGGAGGAGACACGUACAAGAGGCCCCGUCCUGAGCUGUGCUCUAAGCAUCUUUCCGGCUCUUUGCUCCUCCUUGAUCGCCCUACAGGUCUGGCAGACACAAAGAUUGUUGGCAGCAGUUCGCGCUACAGCCCCAUGUCUGUGCUGCGGCUCCCUAGUCAAACUGACCUGAAUCAAGCCUAUUCCCAGCAUUCCCUGCACCGCAGCGUCAGUCAGCUGAUCGACAGGAAGUCACUGAUGGAGGAAGGAUGCUGGGAUAACCCACUGGGACAUGAUUCUGGACUGUAUGUGGAGGAAGAUGAGUUUGUGGAUGCCAUCAAGGCCUUAAGCUCUGUGAAAAAAGAGCACAGCCUGUUCACCGACACUCAUCUUUAGGACAACAGGCCUAAAGAUGCCAGACUGGUAACACUCACUCUGUUUGGUCUCUUCUUAUUGUUACUGUUACAAUAGAGCUAAGCUGGGUUCGCUGCAGUAGAGUCAGGGACACAAUGUUUAAAUUUAGAGCUUUCAUAUGGACUAAAGCCUCCAUAUUUGGUAACUUUAUGGCAUAGAUGGUCUGUGAAUGUUUAGGUUAGAUUAUGAUUCGCUUUCUCUGCUUGCCAACAGCUUUUAGAAAGUUUAAAUGAGUAAAAUCAAAACAACCCAUAAGUUCAUGUUGAUCACUUCCUCACCUGGUAACUGUGCCUAUUACCAUAUCUGUAGUCAACACCAUUAGGGCUUUAACUUAGACGGACACACGGCCUUCAUGUUAUUGUUGCUAGAGAGAUUUGCCAACUUUAUUAUUACAAAUGUAGCUGAAAUGUACAUAUGUGUUGUCUGUUUGUUGUGAUGUAACCUAAAGGCCCAAACUGAGAUUUUGUCUUAUUACAUCUUUGUGUAUUGCGUAUUGCAAUUCAAAUGUAAAACAAGUGGUUGAUGGUCAACUCAGACGUGUUUACUUGUUGUUAAUGUGAUUGACUGUUAUUGUUCUGUGGCUUACAGAUUAUUUCACUGUUCUGACGUAGAGACCUGCUGUUUCAACUAAAAAAGAGAAAAAGGAAACAUCUUGUUUAGUGUUUUUAUAGAAGUAAAAUUAUUAUAUCAAGAUUCCACAGACUGGACCUAGAAACAGCAUUUAACACUUAUUUAACCACUCGUUUUAAUGUUGAUGGAUUUUAAAAGAUUUUAUAUAUAGUACGCUGUUAUGACCAACCUUUUUUUAAACACGGGCAGUAUUCAUAAUGACUGUAUAUUUUUUUAAUUUAUAGGUACUUCAUAGAUUGUGUAUUUUUGGUGAAUAAUAAAAAAAAUGACCAAAAACAGAAUUUUCUGGGGUUUUUCACAAACAGGAAACAUGAACACCUGAAGUUAAAGUUUCCUCUCACAACAGCUUGUUACAAAUCUAUCAUUAUUAUGUAAACCAUGUCUGGUUAAAAAAAAAGAGACCGAGUGCCAGA